UAAAGAUUGACUCGACACGAUUUUUUUCUAAGCACUGAUGCACCAUGCUACGAUGGAUACCAUUAGCCCGCCGUCAUUGCAGAGUUCACGGCAGGCACUGCAGGCUGCAGGUCCACCGACCAACUCUUGCAGGCCUUCCUCUUGGCGUGCGCGCUGCGAGGACAAGUCGUUCCAGGGAAGCUGACACUCGCAGCGGCUUGGGUCGCCUGGCUCCUCCACGCAUGGAUGGCCUUGGCAGAGAACCCACCAUGGAGGAAGCAGAUGAGCAGGAGCCCCAAGAUCAAGACAUUUUCGAUGAAGAGGCGGCACUGCAAUUGCGACCUGCAGCACCAAUCUUCCACAAGCACGCGGAGGAGCCAAUGCCACUAGAUGCUAUGGAGAUAGAGGAGGAUGCAGACCCGCCCAGCAUCGACAUGCGAGGCCUCAAGCGCUUGCGGCCGACAGAGGAACGCUUGGCACGUGUACCCCUGGGGUGGCUGGAUCGCCUUGCAGAGGUGGCCAAAGCUGAGCAGUCGGGAGAGAGCCGAGAUGCCGACAAGGAUGAGAAACAGGGCAGACAAAGCAGGCGGAAGGGGCAGUUCGAGUUUAAUGAUGAGGAACCAAUCCGAGUACGAGUACUGGAUGUUGAUGCCAUAUCCUUGGAAGAGCUUCAUCGCGCCUUCAUGUACACGCUGGUGCGUCGUCGCCCUGCCGAGGUCUGUGUGAGGAUUGCCUCGAGACUGGCGCAGUUUCGAGACAAACCAGGGCAAACUGCGUACCAGAACUUGUUGCGCGAUACCACAAAAUUAUUUGGCUCCACUCACGGGCCUGAGCUGACAGCCCUUUUCACGCGCUGCCACGCCACCAUCUCGGUGCCUUUCAUGCUGGACUACACGCGUCAGUAUGGGAAUUUCUCCAGAGCUUUUCUGGCUGCACAGGUGGAGACAAGCCUUAGACCAGGUUUCUUUGACUUCAUGCGCUAUGAAGGCCAAGGAGGCGUGCGGCCGCUGCCUUUGGUAAUCUCGAAACCCUGGUCACUUCAAGCCUACACUAGGCUCAUGAGCAAGAGCUAUUUGAAGAGCCGCCUUUACGAACAACUCAAACUGCAUGGACACGUUCCUGACCUGGAUGAAGACACUGACCCAGACAUGCCUGCAGAGGUCCGAGUCAUGGAAGAUCUCAGCAAAGCAGGUGCUUUGAAGGUCUCUGAGCCAGUACCUCACGAGCCAAAGGUCGCUCGCCCUGCGUUGUUGGAUGCCAUCAUGGAGGCCGAGCACUCCGGCGCUGGUUGGCAGGUUUCUGGAGAUGUGCCACGGGCACCGAUGCGGGGCGUGCGGCGAGUCAUGGCCGAGGCAGAGAUAUCAGACUCGGACUCAGACAAAGAGGAGGGCUUUCCGGACUACUACAAUGAUGAAGAGCAAGAAAGUGAUGAUGAAAAGCAAGGCAAGAGAUUCAGCCUGCAAUUUGAGCGGGUGGUUCCAGAUUCAGCCUACUCCGUGAGUGCGGAAGAUGGUGUGCUGAUGGAUCCCACAUCACCUGAAAGAACUGAGAUAGAAGAGGCCUUUGCUGAACGCUGGUGGUCAGACUUGCGUCGCCGUUUCUUCAGGCACAAUCAUCGGGCCUACGCAAUUGUGGACGGGCAGUGGCAACGGGUUCCAGAUCCCAAAGGCCCACACUACAAGCCUCGCAAACGCUACCGCCCGCGUGCACACCAGCGAGAAGCUUUAUUGAAGCGGAAGAUGCGUGCAAGCGGACAAAGCACUGGCUAACAAUUUGGAAGCCAGAAGCCGCAGCCACGUGCCUCUUCCCUCCGGAUCCCGCCGGAUUUGUG